AGAUGGGCUGAGAGUUCGCAGCCAGAAGGACACGUCUUGGAACUGAAAAAAAGACCAAACGCUUAGACACAAUGAGGAUAAUGAUCGCAUGCGGAAUCCUUGUUCUGCUCUGUCAGCAGGUGCUGGUGAACGGACACGUGUUGGGCAGGGCCUAUGCGGCGGCCGACCUGGCCAGACUGAAGAAUCUGCUGGAGCAGUUCGAGGAGACUCUGGCUGGCGAGGAGGCUGCUGAAGGGGCAUCCGAUUACCAGGAUGGCAGGCUGGACCCUGAGCAGAGCCCAACUGGCCCGGAGUGGACCAGGGACAAAGCGUCUCAAGGGACAACCCCAGAGGAUGCUUUCCGGGCCCAGAGGAACCUGUUGCAGGACCUGCUCAUGUCGACCCGAAGCAAGUCUGCCUGCUUCGGAGGACGGAUCGACCGGAUCGGGACCUCUAGCGGCCUGGGCUGUAGUCCAAAGCGAGGAUAGAAGCUUCGGAACGCCUCCGGGACACUUUUUCCAUACCUACAUACUUCUGAAAAAAUAUAUUUUUUUGACUUAAAUAUAUUGUUCAUCACUGCUAUCAGCGACAGCCAAGAAACAAAACGUUUUACCGGUUUUAAACUCCAGACCUCAUCCUUUGUGAAAACAUGGAUCCAAAGCUGAUUGGUGAGGAUUAGUAUAUCCGGAUGUUAAACCAUCGUAAGCCGUAAUUAGGCGUCAAAGGUUAACUUUAAAUAUAGAUGUACAUUAGCUGCUACCUAAAGAUGGUGUCAUAUGACAGAGGGACAAUCUGUAGGUACCUCUGUCGUUUUUUAAUUUCUUUUUUUUACGGCUGGCUGUCCCAGCUGCACACAGCUGACGGACACAGCAGCAGAAGCUUAUUACGGGAGACCGUCAGCACCUGCUCCAAAUGUUAUUAGGGCACUCCUGAUAUUAACCAUCAGAGAAGAGUAAUACAGCCACACCCCUCUCCUUUGUAUGCAGAAUAUGUGUGGGCUGCUGCUCAGCACGCCCACAUCAUGGAAACAUAUCAGUGCAGAUAAAUAAAAAAAAGUACUUGUAUCUAAAGGCA